AUCAAACCCGAAUCCGUAACAGACUUUAACCCAAACCAAACCCAACACAAGACAGCCCCGUUGCCAAGUCUAAACUACACCUUUCCUUUUCCCGUCUACCCCUCUCUCUCUAGAUUCUCGCACUUCUUUUCUCACUCUUUCUCUCUCUAACUUUCUCUCUCUAGAGACCGAAAAUUUCUCUUUCUCGUUCGGCGGAUCUGAGCUCCAAUUAGGCCGAUUAAUCGGGCACAGAAAAUCGGAGUCGAAGUUUUUUUUUUUUUGAAAAAAAAAAAAAAAAGAAGCAAAUUAGGGAUUGUAUUAUUAUUAUAUUUAUUAUUGAAUUAAGUUUGUUUGGUAGUUUGUUUGUUGGCGUAAGAUAUGGUGGGAGCUAGCUAGGGUUUCGGAUCGAUCUAGGGUUUUUUUGCGGAAUUGUGAGAAAAUCAUUUGGGGGGGAUUUUGGUGGUGUAGAAAAGAAAGUGGAGAGGGUGUUUGGGGGAAUUGAUGGUUUUCGUGGAAAGUGAAAAAGAAAAAAAUUUAGGGAUUGAAGGACGAAGGAUUGGGGAAAAUGCAAGAGGGCUAUGCUGCAGAAGGUGCAUGAUGGGAGUAGUGGUGGUGGCGGUGGUGAUGGUGAGGAGAGGAAAUCGACGACUCGGCACAUGUGGACUUGUGUCCCCACGCGUCCAGCGAAUUUGAUCCCAGCUGAUGCUUCUUCUUCUUCUUUUGUUUCUCAGCCUAAUUCAUUCUUCAAGGAUGGACGCAAGAUCAGUGUUGGUGACUGUGCUCUUUUUAAACCGCCUCAGGAUUCCCCACCUUUCAUUGGUAUAAUCCGUUGUUUGACUACGAGUAAAGAGGAUAAGUUAAAGUUAGGUGUUAACUGGCUAUAUCGACCUGCUGAAGUAAAGCUUGGCAAAGGCGUCCUAUUGGAAGCUGCGCCAAACGAAAUCUUCUAUUCCUUUCAUAAGGAUGAGAUUCCUGCUGCAUCGUUACUUCAUCCAUGUAAAGUUGCCUUCCUUCCUAAAGGUGUUGAGCUUCCAUCAGGGAUUUCGUCAUUCGUUUGUCGGCAGGUUUAUGACAUUACAAACAAGUGUUUAUGGUGGCUAACUGAUCAAGAUUAUAUUAAUGAACGUCAGGAAGAAGUAGAUCAGCUGUUAGAAAACACACGAAUUGAAAUGCAUGCAACAUUGCAGCCAGGCGGGCGAUCUCCAAAGCCAAUGAGUGGUCCGACAUCAACAUCGCAGCUAAAAGCAGGUUCGGAUAGUGUUCAGAAUAGUGCUUCUUCCAUUCCUUCCCAAGUUAAGGGAAAGAAAAGGGAGCGGGGAGAUCAGAGCACUGAGCCUGUCAAACGAGAGCGUACUACAAAAACAGAUGAUGUGGAUUCUGGACACAGUAGACUGGAUGGUAAUUUAAAAUCUGAGACUGCCAAAAUUACAGAGAAAGGAGGCCUUAUAGACUCUGAAGGGGUGGAGAGAUUGUUGCAGCUGAUGCUGCUAGACAGAAAUGAGAAGAAAGUAGAUUUAGCCGGGCGGUCAAUGCUUGCUGGUGUUAUUGCAGCCACAGAAAAGAUGGAUUGGCUUAAUCGGUUUGUGCAACUCAGGGGUCUGCCUGUAUUUGAUGAAUGGCUCCAGGAAGUCCAUAAAGGGAAGAUUGGUGAUGCUAGUGGCCUCAAGGAUGGUGAUAAAUCUGUUGAGGAUUUUCUCUUGGUUUUACUUCGUGCACUUGAUAAGCUGCCUGUAAACCUUCAAGCCCUACAAAUGUGCAACAUUGGUAAGUCUGUGAAUCAUUUGCGUACGCAUAAGAACCUGGAAAUCCAGAAGAAAGCUAGGAGUUUAGUUGACACAUGGAAGAAACGUGUUGAGGCUGAAAUGAACAUCAAUGAUGCAAAGUCGGGUUCAAAUCAGGGUGUCACCUGGACUGCAAGAUCACGCCUUCCUGAAGUUUCCCCUGGUGGGAAUCGACAAUCAGGUGCAUCCUCUGAUGUUGCUGUGAAGAGCCCUGCACAGCUCUCUGCAUCCAAAACUGCCCCAGUGAAAGUUGUCCAGGGUGAGAGCACUUCUCGGUCUGCGUCUGCAUCUCCAGGGUCUAUGAAAACAGUGCCAUCAACUGCGCCUGCAAGUACUAACCUAAAAGAUGGUCAGGGUCGAAAUGCUGUUGGUUUCACCUCUGAUCCCCCUCAGGCAACAGUGAAGGAUGAGAAAAGCAGCAGUUCUAGUCAGUCUCACAAUAGUCAAUCUUGCUCUAGUGACCAUACUAAAACUGGACUUUCCGGGAAGGAGGAUGCAAGGAGCCCUACUGCUGGUUCAAUGAGUGGAAAUAAGACCUCAGGUGGUUCUUCACGGCAUCGGAAGUCAAUAAAUGGCCUCCCUGGCUCUGCUUUAUCUGGAGUUCAAAGGGAAAGUUGUUCAAGCAGGAGUUCCACGCAAAAACAUCUGGCGUCAGAAAAACAAUUACAAUCUGGAUUGCCAUGUGAAAAGGCACUUGAUGGGCCUGUCAAUGAGGGUAACGGUCAUAAAUUGAUUGUUAAGAUUCCAAAUCGAGUUCGCAGUCCUGCACAAAGUGCCAGUGGAGCAUCUUUUGAAGAUCCUUCACUUUUGCAUAGCAGAGCUUCUUCUCCUGUGCUUUCAGAGAAGCAUGAUCAGUUUGAUCGUAGCUUGAAAGAAAAGAGUGAUGCUUAUCGAGCUAAUAUUACUUCAGAUUUGAAAACUGAAUCAUGGCAAAGUAAUGAUUUCAAAGAUGUACUGACCGGUUCUGAUGAGGGUGAUGGAUCACCUCCUGCCAUUACAGAUGAAGAGCGCUGUAGGAGUGGUGAUGACAGUAAAAAGUGGGCAGAAGCUAAAGCUGCUUCCACAUCAUCGGGGAAUGAACAUAAAUUAGGGAAUUCAGAGGAGGGUUCUUUACGCUCUAUAAAUGCUUUGAUUGAAAGUUGUGUCAAGUACUCAGAAGCUAAUGCAUCUAUUUCCAUUGGAGAUGAUGGUGGAAUGAACCUGCUUGCUAGUGUGGCUGCUGGAGAGAUGUCCAAGUCUGAUGUGGUUUCACCUGCUGAUUCUCCGCAAAGAAACACACUUGCAGUUGAACACUCCUGCUCAGGCAGUGAUUCCAAAGUCAAAUCAUCUCCUGCAGAUGACCUUGCUCAAAACCGUAGCCAGUGUAAUGAUGGUGCUGAUGUUGAGCAUGAGAAGCAGGGUUUAAUUUCCAGUAAUGUUGGUCCUAAAAAUGGAGAAGGUAAUUCAGCCUCUUUGAUGUCUGAAGAGAAAGUUGUAGAAGGGCACAGUGGAAGUUUUCAUUCUUCAAGUAAGGAUUUGCAGCAAACUGCAAUCCCAUGCAAAGAAAGCAAUGGAAAAUCUACUGAAAUGACAGUACCUGCUUCAGUGGCUUCUCCCGCAGUCACAGUAGAGAAAACCAUGGAUAUUGAAGGAGGCAAACAUCUUGAGGAGAAAAAGGCAGUUGAUGGGGUGAAUGCAGAUGCCAUUCCUGAUGCUAAAGAAAAGGUGAGUGAUUCUUUGUCAGAUAGAGAUAAGGUUGAUGUGUCUGCAAGGCUAGAAGUCCAUAAUGAAGUCAUUGAAGGCUCAUCAUCACACCUAUCUUUAGAAAUUGAUGGUGAUGACAAGAAGUUUGUAAAUGAAGGGUUGAACAGUGGUGUGAAGACAGAGCAGAAGCCUCCUGCUUUGAUGAUACAUUCUGAGAGUGUGAAAGGAACCAAUGAAGAAGUGCUCCGUCCUUCUGGUGGUGGGAAAGAUCUGGUUCCCGGAAAUGUCAAUGAAUUGAAGACUGAAAAGACUAAGGAAACAGAUGUGAGAAGUAAUGUUAAUCUGACUGAAAUACGAAGUAAUAUGCAGGAAGGUAAUGCUCCUACAAUCCCUGAGAAUCAAAUAGUUGGUUCAGGUUUAGCUAUUACGGAUCGUGAAGGUGAGUAUCUGGACGAGAAGUUGGAAAGCAAAGAGGGUUUUGUGCAAUGUGGUAGACCAGUUCCUCACAAGGUGUCUCGUGCAUUGCCUGUGCAAGAAACAGAAUGUGAGCAGUCAAGGGGGUCCAAGUUGACUGGCAUGGAAGUUGAAGAUACUGAAGAAUGUACAUCUACAACUGCAGAUGCUGCUUCUAUGUCUGCCGUAAGGGCGUCAGAUAUGGAGGCAAGAAUGGAAUUUGAUUUGAAUGAAGGCUUUGCUAGUGAUGAUGGAAAACUUGGGGAGGCAAGUAAUUUGACAGCAACAGAAUGUUCAACUGCCCUUCGGUUGGUUAGCCCGUUACCUUUUCCUAUUUCUUCUGUGACUAGUGGCCUUCCUGCUUCAAUUACAGUGGCUGCUGCUGCAAAAGGGCCAUUUGUUCCGCCAGAUGACCUACUGAAGAGUAAAGGGGAACUUGGUUGGAAGGGAUCAGCAGCUACUAGUGCCUUUCGGCCUGCUGAACCCCGGAAGGCUCCUGAGAUGCCACAUGGCACUGCAAACAUUCCUCCUCCUGAUGCUACAGUUGGCAAGCAGAGUCGCCCUCCAUUGGAUAUUGACUUGAAUUUUCCCGAUGAAAGAAUUCUUGAGGAUUUGGCUUGUCGAGAUUCUGCUCCUGAGCCAGGUACUUUAUCUGGACCAAUAAAUAAUCCUGAAAUGGCACGUGAAGAACUAAUGGGUACUGCUCCUGUUCGUUUCUCUGGAGUACUUGAUCUUGAUUUGAAUCGUGUUGAUGAUGCAUCUGAUAUGGGCAAUUACUUAACUAGCAAUAGUUGUAGAACGGAUGUCCCUCUUGUGCCAGUUAAAUCAUCAAGCAGUCCUCUUAAUGAUGCUGUGAGUGUCCGCAGGGACUUUGAUUUGAACGAUGGGCCUGUUGUUGAUGAGAUGAGCGCUGAACCUUCACCGUUUAGCCUGCUUGGUAGGAGCAGUCAGCCAUCCCAACCACCUGUUUCUGGCCUUAGAAUGAACAAUACAGAAAUGGGAAAUUUCUCACCAUGGUUUGCUACAGGAAGCACUUAUUCAGGAGUUAUUCCAUCAAUCAUUCCUGAUAGAGGGGAGCAGCCUUUCCCUAUUGUUGCAACUGGUGGGCCACAGAGGUUGUUGGGUCCCACUGGUGGCAGCAACCCAUUUAGUCCUGAUGUUUACAGGGGGCCAGUGUUGUCAUCAUCUCCUGCCGUGCCCUUCCCCUCCAGCCCAUUUCAGUAUCCCGUCUUUCCUUUUGGAACCUUUCCGCUGAGUUCAGCCGCUUUUUCAGGUGGUUCAACAACAUACAUGGAUUCAUCAUCUGGUGGGAAGGUUUGCUUCCCUGCAGUUCAUACACAGUUUUUAGGACCUGCUGGUGCAGUUCCAUCCCAUUACCCUAGGCCUUAUGUUGUUAGCUUCCCUGAUGGUAGCAAUAACAGUAGUGCUGAGAGCAGUAGGAAAUGGGGAAGGCAGGGGUUAGACCUCAAUGCCGGGCCUGGAGUCUUAGAUGUAGAAGGCAGAGAUGAGACUUCUUCUCUUCCACCAAGGCAACUUUCUGUUGCCAGUUCACAGGCUAUAGCAGAUGAGCAAGCAAGGAUAUACCAGGUAGGUGGUGUUUUAAAGAGGAAGGAGCCUGAGGGCGGGUGGGAUAGUUACAAGCAAUCAUGGCAAUAGAUUUGAGUAAUGCACAAUUUGGUAACCCAUGAAAGCUUGUAAGUUCUUGAUUCUGUAUUUGCCAGUUCUAAUAUGCAAGUCUAGUUACCAAAGAGAGAGGAUCUCUGCAAUGUUUCUUGGAUUGUGCAAAGGGGAACAAUGGGAAAAGGUUUUGGUAAAGAGUAAUUUUUAAAUGACAAAAAGAAAUUUUUUUUAGUGUUUUCUCCAUGUAUGUAACUCUUUCCAUUCCUCGGUAGCUAAAUAAGAGAAGUAAGAUUUUAUUUGAUUCUCCUGAA